AUGCUGCGCCGAGGAGCGGGCGCCCGGGGCUCCCAGCUCCCGGCGACCGCGGCGCGCUUCCUCCGCCGCCCGCUGCCCGCUGCCCGCGGCGAGAACGGACGAGAAUUGGGGACUUGUUUGUUGGGGGUGGAAGGGGGGAGACUCUUUAAAGUGCGUCAGAAGGAGGCGAGCGCCUGGGAACCCGGAGGCCUGGAUCCAGGCCGAGAGUGGAACGGAGUCGGCGCCGCUGCCUCGGCCGUGCCUCCUGCGCCCGCCAGGCCGCCCGGCCUUUCGGCGCCGUCGCCGCGCGCUCCUAGCUCACUUGCUCCCGCGGCGCCCGCGGCGGCUUCUUCUCCUCUUUCGCCUCCUCCUCUUCCUUUGGCUUCUCCUCCUCCUCCUCCUCCUCUUCCUCCUUCUCCUCCUCCUCUUCUUCCUCCUCCUCUUUCCCCACCUCCUCCCCCUCAGCCACCGCCUACUUCUCCACCACCACCAUUCCCUCCGGGGCACCCCGGUCCCUGCAGAGUCCCCGAGCGGCGCCGCCUUCGCUGCGGCCCCCUGGAUCCCGAGCCUGCUGAGCCCGAGCUGGGGGGACAGACGGACACACUGAUGCACAGAUUCCUCGCGCCUGGCGCUAUGCUGCUGCUGCCCCCCGCGGGCGCGGGUCAGGGGAGCUGGAAUCGCCCCGGGAGCACUCGAGGGCAGGCCUUUUGCUGCUUCUGGGUUCAAUGGCGAGAGCUGAACUGUAUAUCCUAUAACCUCAUUUCCACUCCUAAACUUCUGAUUUCUAUUGUGGCAAGUUGUUACAAGAGGAGACCGCAUUUGUUCACAUGCACCUGCCAUGUGCUGCGACAGAAAAGGCAAGCAAAGCCCUUGGCCUUAAGGAGCAUGUUGGAGUCAAAUUCUUGGGGAUGUUGAAGCUGAUGAAACUGCCAGGAAGGUGGACUCAGAACAGAAGCAUGGAGAUCCUCCUCCGCUUCUCUGCAGCCUCUGGCUCUAAAUCUCUGGGAUAAAGCUGGCCUCUGUUCUUCCAGCCCCUUCAUUCUGAAAUUAAGCUGGCAGUAGGGUCCCUAGCCAUGCUGGGUAGCUUCAGGUCCUAGAGACUAACCACAUCCAUGUUACAUGGGGAAAAAAGAGUCUUGGUGAGGACAGGGAUAGCCUGAGGUCAGGGUGAUCUCUAGGAGGACUGGAGAUGGGACCAGCGUCCUUACAGCCAAUCCUCUGAUUCAGCAAACUCUUAGUGAGCAUCUACUGUUUGCCAGGCAGUUUGCUAGAUUGUGGGAGCACAGGUGUGAAUCGAUCAAACCUAGGGCUUACAGAGCAGGGCUUCAGUGGUUAGAGGCCUCUCCUGGGCAGGACAAUACCCUCGGUUAGAAACCCUCAGAUCUGUGCCCUUCUCCAGGGCCCCCCAGAGAAUCGGCACAUACGGUCUUAACAACCAAGAAGCAGAAAGCUGCUGGCGGAGGACCAGGCACACUAGACAUGGAGUCAGCGGAUAGGGAUCAAAAGUCAUCCUAGACUGUGCCCUGGGUCCCAGCCAAUCUUGAGCAAAUGUAACUUGCUUCCAUGGGCCAAGGGUGGGAGGGUGUUUUCCCAGAAGAGAAGAAGCAGUGUGGCCAGAGCAGAGCAUCAGCACCAAGCUGACCCACUCUCUCAUUCCCUUUCCACACCUCCUAGCUGUGUGAGAGGCCGACAGCUCAACCUCCCAAGCCUCAGUUGUUUCUUCUGUAAAAUGGGAAUAAUAACAAUCCCGCUGAUUCUUCUUCCUUCAGGAGAUGAAGAUGGAGCUCAAAUGAGGUAACGGGUGGAAAAAUAAAUUAUCAAGCACUUUAAGCUACAAAUUGAUGGUGUUGUACACUUUGAAGCGGUGAAUCUUCCUGCCGUCUCCCCUUUACGUCCCCCACCCCACCAGGAAGAACCCUUUGCCACACAGCUGUGUGAGGUUUCCCAGUGUAGCGAGUGCGGGAGCUGUCGUAGGGGAGGCAGAAGGAAUUCUUGGCCCGCUCACCACUCAUGGGCUGGAGGGGUCGUUGCUGAGCCCGAAGAUUCCCUCACAAGGCAAGUGGGCAAACUGGCACUGGCCCUGGCUGAGCAGCCCCUGGACACGGGGCUGGGGUGGCCCCAUCCCUACUGGGGGUUCAGACCCCGCCCUGAAACCCAUUAAACUAAUGCCUUGUAUGCCUGACAGCUGGGGUCAAGAAACGUUUUCAGGGUGCUUACGGGCUCCUCUAGGGGAGAGGCUCUGCCUGGGUCCGUGGACUCCUCUGCAGGAAGAAGGGGCUCUUGGGACAUAGUACCUCUGGUCCUCAUGUGCUGUCAACCUUGGGCAGGUCACCUCCUUUCUCUGGGUGCAGCUGUUAAGAGGUGCAUUGCUUUUUAUUUUAAAAGUGACGCAUGCUCAGAAAACAUGCACAUGCGAAAGAAGAGGACAAAGUCAGUGACGGUGCCGCCCCCAUCCUACGACCAUGGCCAGUCGCUAUAAAAAAUUCUUCUCAAUAUACAAAUAGCUACGCUCACUUCUUCAACAGAAUUUGGGAUCACACAGAUACGUUGUUCUCUUGGACUUGCCCUCUGUCAAUGUCAAGGUUCUCUCGGUCUACCCCUUCCUUCAACCAACUGCAGAGUAUUCCAGCAUUGGACAAUUUUGUGACUAUUUCCACAGGGUAAACCCUGAAGUGAAAUUACAGGAUCAAAAAUAUUUCUCUCUGCCCUCAAUAU